AUGGCCGCCGUCAACCUCCAGAUGAUGUCUGCCAACGUCCCCUUCGACUUCCUCCCCCAGGCCCACCUCCACUCGCGCUCAAACUCGGUCUCCUCCUCCUCCUCGCACUCCCCCGGCUCUCGCCCUCAGUCUUCCCAGGGUAGUGGCGGCGUCCUGCGCAACGCGCCCAUUCUCCCACCCACGGCGGAAGACCUCUAUCGCGCUUCUUUCCAUACCACCAACUCCUUCGACCACGCCCGCCACACCUCCGACGCAUCCCUCUCUUCUGCCUACUCGCUCGACCUCGCCACGCCCGCUGACUCGCCUCCGAACCACAACAUCACCAACCCCGCGCUCAAAGGCCACCUCCGCCAGACCCACAUCCGCGCCCGCGUAUCGGCCUCCCCAUACCCCCGCGACGCGGAGAGCGUGCACUCCUCCUCCAGCGAGACCGAAGACAUCUCCAUGUAUCUUGCCUCCGGCCCCGAAUACCACACAAUGUACGCCGGCCCCCCGCAGGCGAUGAUGCCGACGCCAAUGGAGGCCAUGCACCCAUCGGGCGCAUAUGCCCGCAUGACUCUCAGUCCCGACCACGCCCUGGAGAAGCUCGCGGCCAACGUGCGUGCCGCGACGACGACGAGUGCCUCGGACAGGGCAAAGCAGAUUUUCGUGCAGGCAUGGUUGACCGCCAACUAUUCUCCGUACCCAGACGGGAAUGUGCCGCGUCAAGGGCUCUACUUCUCGUACCGACGGGUGUGCGACCAGUACGGAAUCCCACACAUCAACACGGCUACGCUAGGGAAGGCGAUCCGGCUCUGCUUCCCCACUAUCAAGACUCGCCGGCUUGGAGUGCGAGGAAAUAGCAAGUACCACUAUUGCGGGAUUCGCCCUGCUACGUCCGCCGAGGCCGAGUUUCUCCAGGACUACAUCCGCAAGUCCAACAACAACGCCGCACAGCAGGCCGUCAAUGCCGCCCGCAUGUCCAGCGAGGGCGGCGAGGGCCUCGGCCGGGGCGGCUCCGAUGAGGACGACGAGGACGAGUCUGAGGGCCCCGCCUCUGCCAACGCCUCCAAACGCAACUCGCUCAAUCUGUCCGGUGGCGGCGCGAAGGCACCCGCCAUCUUUGCGGAUGAGAAGACUCCCACCGCAGCCACCCUGCUCUCCCAGGCCCAGGCCACGCAGCGGCCCGCUAGCGGCUUCCCCGUCCAGGCGCCCAUCCGCAGGCACACAGGCCAGGAGGGCCUCCAGGUUUCGCAGCCGUCCCCGUCAGGGAGUGUGCCGCCAGCGAUGCCGAUGCUGAGCGGCUCCGCGACGUCGUCCGUGCGCCAGAUCGCCAACUUCCCGAGCAUCGACGAGGCCGUCGGUGCCAACUCGACUACACCCCAGAGCGUUGCGGCCCGCGAGGUGUGGAACUGGUUCCAGGACCACCUCGACGCGCUUCUCGACUCCGUGCGCAGUUUCCGAUUCGACCAGUUCGAGAUGCACCUCCGCUCGUUCUGGUCGACGCUCACUGGCGCGCACCGUGAGGUUGUCCACGCUCCGGCCGUCGCAGGCCUGAUGGCGAAGGCGGAUGCGAUCGUUUACGACGAAAUUCUUGAGAUGCUGCGUGCCCAGAUGCUCUCACCGAUCGCUCCGGCCUCCCUUUCCGGCCUCCGACAGCUGGCUGACAAGAUGGAGAAGAUCCUCCUGGUGGCGCUCGAUUCGUACGGCAACACGUUUGUGGAGCCCAAGGUCGAGCUUGGCGCACGCUUCGGGCACCUUGUUUUGCGGUUCCUUGACAUCUACCAGGUGACCCAGGCGUUAAACACGGUCCUCACGAACCAAAAGCAGCUCUUGGAGAUGCGGAGAUCAUGGCAGAAGAUUGACUUCGAGUCGGUGCGCAACCAGUCCGCGCUGGUGUGCAACUGUAGGCACGAGGACCUCGUUCAGCUAUUGGAGGGCGAGUUCGUCGCCCUCCUCGAGAGCCUCGGCAAGAGCCAAGACCCGGUCAGGGACGUCAUGGCCUGGGCGGACAAGUGCUGCGAGCGCCUCAUGGGUGCCCGUGGCAGCGAGGAUCGGUCGACGAUGAGCUCCCGAAGUGUGUUGAUCCGUUGGGGUUACGUGACGAGUCAGGUUAUGCGGGAUCUGACCAUUCGGAGUGAUCCUGCUUUUGGCGCGUUCCAGAUCCUCAAGCUGUUCUUGGAUGACUGGAUUGCGCUCAACGUCCUCAGGAACGUCGCGCUUUCGACAAAUUCGGUCGCGGCCUCGGUCGAGCCCGUCAUGCAGCAACAAUUCUUCUCGCUGUCACCGAUGCCGGGCCAGGAGAGCUUCCACAACACCACUACCUCGAUGGCGCACACACCGACCACCACGAGCAUGCUCGCCGCACUGCAGGCCGACUCCUUCUCGUCCGGCACCCUUGACCCGUCCGCGACCACGUUCGGCGCCGACGCGUUCGGUUCGCUCACCUACCUCGACGGCUCGUCGUCGCAGGACGACCUGCCCGUCCACGCCUCGGGUAUGUCUUUCGCCGACUACGGUUCGGGCACGUUCGACGUCCCCUUCACACCCCAAGACCUCGGCAUCAGUGCGUCUGGCACGCCGCCAUCCGCGAGCAGUGAACCGGAGAACGAGGCGACCGACUCUGUCAAGUCGGAAUCAUGA